AUGAAGUCUUAUCUUUCCCACAGGUUCCCUGGUUUGGCUCACUAUCUGGAGCAUAUGCUCUUUAUGGGUUCCAAGAAGUACCCUGGAGAGAACGAGUUCGAAACCUACCUCUCCAAAAACGGUGGCUACAGCAAUGCCUAUACAGAACUAGAGUAUACUUGUUACUACUUUGAAUGUACUGUUUCCGGUUUCGAGAAGGCUGUGGAUAUGUUUUCUGGUUUCUUCACAAACCCACUAAUGAAUCCCGACUCUAGCGAGAGGGAGCUGGAGGCAGUUGAAAGCGAGUAUCGACAGACCUUGAAUAGCGAUUCUGCCAGGCUUGAGCAGCUAGGUUGCUAUAUGGCUGAGAAAAACCAUAUCUGGAAGAAGUUCACCUGGGGUAACAAGAAAUCUCUAUUGCAAGGUAGUGAUGAUUACAGCAAACUGAGAGAAGCUCUGAUGCAGUUCUACGAUCGUUACUAUGUGUCUGGCCGUAUGAGAGCGUGCAUGGUUGGAAGGAUGUCCUUAGACGAGAUGGAGAAGCAGCUG